ACACGCAGGCGCAUCAAUACGGCGUAUGGCGGCGUUUCCUAUGGCUGCAGGUUUGAGUCAGCGGUUCUAACGAAAAAGUUUAUCCCGGGACAACCCCUUUAACUCGGGGAUUGUCCCGGGAAGCCUGCUGUGUCUGAUAAGUGUAUUGUAGCUGGGGAGACAUGGAGGGGUCGGGAAGCAGUGAACUGAAGGGAAAGAGUGUGGAGCAACUGCUGGAGAUCCUAGACAGACAAGAGAAGCUCCUGAAUAAUAGAAAGUUUCUUGCUCGACUGCCUGACAGAGGAAAAAAAAUUCUGGAGUUCACUGAAAAAGUGCGACUUGCUAUUGCAGAGAGUCAGGAGUCAAAAAGAAAAAGAGAUCUGUUAUCUGCAUUCAAAGGGGACUUUCAGGCAACUCAAACCAAGGAAAAUGAGACCAAUGAAAAAGUGGAGUUGGAUUUACCAUUAGCAACUUGGGCACCUAACACCAAUUUAGCUAAAGAAAAGCCCAGCUCUCCCAAAAAUAUAAAUGGUGUUGCAGGUUCACCAAAUCCCACUGAUGAACCUUCUAGAACUCACUCUAGUAAGACUGAAAUAACUGCUGACCACAAAGAUGAUCGUAGCUCCAGUGCUGACACGUUGGCAAAUGAUUUCAUGAAUAUUCAUAUUAAGGAUAGUGUGGAAGAAACAAACCGGGGUGCACCAAGAACAUCCUAUGUACAGGGAAUAAAUCCAUUAAUAUUAAAUGGAGCAAAGACAAAACCUCAUUAUAUUGAAGUAAUAGAAAACCGAUCCCACAGUCCUGUUAAAAAAAAGGAAAAAUACAGACCCAACAAGUUUCCAUCAGAUUCAAAUAGCUCCUCGCCUAGCCAGUCACCAGGAGGAAGGGGACUUACAAUUUCUGCUGAAGAGAGAAAAGCACAGGAUAAGAAACACUUGGAUGAUAUUACAGCUGCAAGGCUUCCUCCUCUUCACCAUACCCCUGCCCAGUUACUGCCAUUAGAGGAGUCUGUAGCUCUACAGUUUGCACAAAAAAAGACUUAUGAGGAACAGCAAGCCAAGCUAGCAGCAGAAAAGCUUUUGGACAAGCUGAACAUAAAAAUGGUAAAGUUUAACCCCGAAGGGGAUUCUUACCUGAAGUACAGAGAUCUUAAAGAUGAUGAAGAAGAUAUGUGACUGGAAAAACUAUUUUUGGGCAUAUGUAAAUCUCCUCAUUCAAGGCACUUACGAUGUACCUUUUCACUAUGUAAGGAGGCCUCAUUACAUAUUAAAUAUGCAAUUGGCUAGACAUAUCAAAUUUUAAGGUUUAAAUUGAAACCUGUUAUAAUAUUUACUUAUUACUUCUCUGUCUACCAUCUCCUAUUUCGGUAUGGCUUGUUUUUAAGUACAAAAUGCCAUAUAGCUAUAGUGAAGCUAUGCAGUUUCUUUCUUGUGUACUUUUUUUCUUCCCAUUUUCGUUUUUCUUCCUUAUUCCAACGCUUUUUCUUCUUUCUUCUGGAUUUUGCAUUUAGAAAUGCAUUUAAACUCCGACAUAGUUAAAAUAGUCAGACUCACUGGUUUGGACUUAUACUGCAUGUUGGUUCUUUUGUUAGCUAUGUUAUACAAUAUUGAUGUGUCUGUUAUGUACUGAUCCAACCAGCAGACUGCAUAGAGCUUGGGUAUGGAGUUUUCUCUUAUGUCUGCCUUGGUUUGUACUUGGUGUUUCUCUUGUAACUUAAAAAUAUGUUUUAUAUUACAAUAAAUCAUUAUAUUUUUCUACCUAUCAA